CAGGUCUCCAACCACAUCAAUUGCUCAACUGAACUCCAUUCACUAUGGGCAUUCCACUGAACCUGGGUACUCUGGUCCUAAUGCUCAUCUUCUACAGCAAAGUGCAUGCAGGGCGCAUCUAUGGGGGCAAGGAGGCCGUGCCUUACAGCAGACCCUACAUGGUCCUCCUGGAGAGGGCUACCACCAACAUCCUGAAGCCCAAAAACUGUGCUGGCUUUCUAGUGAGAGAGGACUUUGUGAUGACUGCUGCCCACUGCAAUGGGAGAUCCAUUAAGGUCAAGCUGGGAGUCCACAACGUGCAACAGGAAAGCGCUCAGGAAAUGUUUGUGAAACAGGCAUUUCCACAUCCACAUUAUGAUAAUGAAGAACAUGAUAAUGAUAUCAUGCUACUCAAGCUGGAGAAGAAUGUGCUUCUCACCAACCGUGUGAGACCCAUUGGCCUCCCGCAGACAGAAGAUGAGGAGGUGCUCAAGGACUGUCUGGUGUCAGGCUGGGGCUUCAAUAUCAGGGGAGUAAACAAAGGAUCCUCUGUGCUACUAGACCUCAACGUGACACUGCUUGCGAGUCAAGUAUGCUCAGACAACCAUGCGUUCUGCUCUUCAGGACUAAAUGGACCUGGUCAGGGAGACUCCGGUAGUCCAUUGGUCUGUAACGGUGUGGCCUAUGGGGUGGUGUCCUGCUCUAUAGACGAACUCUACAUUUACACGCGCAUCCCUGACUACCUGGACUGGAUCACCAACACCAUGAAUAAUUGAUACGACACUGACCAGAAACCUCUACAGUUUGUUCAUUUGGCCACCCAGGUCCCUAGAAGCAUGAUUAUGAUACUGCAGAUUCUGAAUUUGUUUAUGAUGUUUUUUGAUUGAUUUAACAGUGCUGGUUAAUGUCUGUGUGCCUACAUGCAGUAAGCCAAAGAUUGUUAUUAUAACCUCCUUGUUCUGUGUUGAAGCUUCUGAAUUCCCAUCGGUCAAACAAUGCUUUCAAGUCCUGUUCUGUGCUGCAGCUGUUUUAAAUCUUACAUUAUGAAUCGUGGGAUUAAAUAAGUAGAGAGUUGAUGUUAUUGAACACAUUUAUUUUGUGAAUAUCAAUAUGAGCAAACUGAGAAGAGGUGCUUUGAUCAAGUUGUCCCUUCAACAGUGAGGCAAUCACAUUAUUUCUGGCAGUUGCUUACUGCAUUUUGGAGUAGGCUAUAUUGAAAAUAUAUGAGCAGUAAAAGACAUUGAGCAUACCAAAAAUCUUAACAAGACUGCCCCCUUGUGCACAUCUGAAUAACAUACAGUCCAUGUAAAAUACAUUAAAGGCCCAGUGCAG